AUGGUUCUUUGCCGUCUAAGACUAUUCACUAAGGUUUGCAUCAUUCCUCAGAUACCAAUUGCCUCAAGGUUGACGCACUUUAGACCAAGAUUUGGAAUGAUAUACAGAAGUUCCUCAUCUUUAUCACAAUCAUCAAAUUCAUUUAAACGAUUAAAACUAUCACAUCCAGAAUAUGAUGAAUUAGAUAAACUUUUAUCAGACUCUGACGGUUGGGAAGAUAUCGCGGAAGUUAAGCUUAAAGAAUCAUCGAACAAUAAUAAUAGCAAUAAUAACGAUAAAGAUUACGAUGAUGAUGAUGAUUCUUUGAUUGAACUAUUUGAAAGACCCCUGACUAAAGACCCACCGAAAUCCUUAUUAGGUGCCUCCAGUAAAUCGCGAUCAAAUCUCCCGUUUAAAAGUCCAGUAAUUCCCAAUGGGACUAAAAACCUGGAACCAUUGGGUGCUAGUACUCAAAAGACUGUCUUCCCACAUCAGGAACAAUAUAAGGAGGAGCAUCCCAAAGAAGAACCUAAUAAAGAUGUCAAACAAGAAGUGAAAGAUGAACAAGAAAGUGUGAAACAAGAGGAUUCUAAAGUGGAUGAAUCUAGUAUACAUAUGGUAGAGGAAAAGAAGAAGGUACAAUAUGGUGAGAAAUUUGCAUUGUUAACUCAAAGGGAAGGAUUUUCAGAUACUGAAAGUUUAAGCGCUAAAUUGAACUUAGCACCCUCUACUAAAGUUGUCGUUCCAAUUAGGUUGAGUAAAGAGCAAGAAGAUGUGAUUCAUUUAGCUAAGGCAGGUCACAACAUCUUUUACACUGGUAGUGCAGGUACUGGUAAAUCUGUGCUUUUGCGUGAAAUGAUUAAAGUUCUUAAAAGCACGUUUGGUUCAGAUGGUGUUGCCAUAACUGCAUCCACGGGGCUGGCGGCUUGUAACAUUGGAGGUAUAACGGUUCAUUCAUUUGCAGGUGUUGGUUUAGGCAAUGGUGAAGCUGAUAAGUUGUGUAAAAAGGUGAGACGAUCUAAAAAACAUGUACGUCGUUGGCAAGAAGUAUCUGCAUUAGUUAUUGAUGAAAUCUCAAUGUUGGAUGGUGAAUUAUUGGAUAAAUUAAAUUAUAUUGCAAAAAAGAUAAGGCGAAGUGACCUACCAUUUGGUGGUAUUCAACUUAUAUUUUGUGGUGAUUUUUUUCAACUACCACCCGUUAAUAAAAAUGAUGAUAAGCAAACUAAAUUUGCAUUUGAAUCCACUAUUUGGAAAGAUGGUAUAGAUGUGACUAUUAUGUUGGAAAAAGUCUUUAGACAACAAGGUGAUACAAAAUUUGUGGAAAUGUUAAACAAAAUGAGAUUGGGCCAAAUUGACGAGGACACUGAAAUGGAGUUUAAAAGAUUGAAUAGACCAUUGCCUGAAGAUGAAAUUAUACCGGCAGAGUUAUACAGUACGAGACAUGAAGUUGAAAGGGCCAAUAAUUUUAGGUUAAAAGGGUUGCCUGGUAAAAUACACCUUUAUCAUGCUAUAGAUGGUGGUUCUUUAGAAGAUCAAAGUCUAAAGGACAAAUUGUUGCAAAAUUUCCUUGCACCAAAGGAACUCAGUUUGAAAGUUGGCGCCCAGGUUAUGAUGAUCAAAAACAUUGAUGCUUCGUUGGUCAAUGGAUCCUUAGGUAAGGUGAUUGAUUUCAUGGAUCCUGAGACAUACAUGUUUUACGACACUAUCGUCAAGCAUCCUGAGAUUGAUAGUGAUAGUUUGGAAGGCCUUAGGGAUCCUGAAUUUCGAAAAAGAUAUUUCAAAGAACAAAAAAUGUAUGAAGAUGAUGAACAACAAGUACGGAAUAAAGGAUUGAAAGAUGCAUUUUCCAAAAAUGGAUUAGAAGAACCAUCUUUUGAAUUAGGUGAUACAAUUUUUGAUUUUUUAAAAAACUCGGCUUCUGAUGGUGAAGAAGAAAGAUCGAAUAUAGAGAGGAAAAUGAAUUUGAUACAGGAAAUCCAUAAAAGUUCCAAAUCGGGAAGAAAGUUGCCACUUGUGAGGUUUAAAACAACUGAUGCCGGUUCAAGAACAGUUUUGGUAGAACCUGAAGAUUGGGCCAUUGAAGAUGAGAAUGAGAAACCACUUGUCUCGCGAGUUCAAUUGCCGCUGAUGCUUGCAUGGUCACUGUCCAUCCACAAAUCUCAGGGACAAACACUACCUAAAGUCAAAGUGGAUUUAAGAAGAGUUUUCGAAAGGGGACAAGCUUAUGUUGCUUUAUCAAGAGCAGUUUCACGGGACGGAUUACAGGUUCUAAAUUUCGACAAAACUAGGAUUAAAGCACAUCAAAAAGUCAUUGAUUUUUACUCUACGCUAUCUUCAGCGGAGCAGGCAAUCAAGGCAAUCGAAUCUUCAGGCGCAGCAAAGAAAAAGGGAAGACAGAGAAGAUUAGACUUUGCCCCAGAUCGUCCAGUAGGUCAUAGGAGAACCAAGGACUCGAAAUCAAACUCAGCAACUCCUGCUCCUGUUGUUCCGGAUAGAAUAAUGUCUAUGCUUAAACGCAAGACGGAGAAACAACCGUCCGGGAAUGAAUCUAAUGGGAUGCCAUUAUUCAAAUCUGAUGUUGAUGUAGAAAAUCUCGAUGAUAGAAACAUGUUUUGA